CCGCUGUGCUGGGGGUGGUGGGGGCGGUUGCCAUGGCAAUGGGGGGGGGGGCCCGGCCCCGGGGCCUGUCCUUGCGGUGCCGCUCGGGAAGGAGCGGAGGGGGCUGUCACCGCCGGCGAGGAGCGCCGGGGGCCGGUGGCUGCUCCCGGGAGCCGGGACAGGCCCGCCGCGGGUGUUCCCUUCUCCGUGUCUUUCCUCGCGGCGACCCCGUCUUCGCCGCCCUCCCGCGGCGCCGGGAGGAACCGAAAGCGCCGGUGACCCCGAGGGCCCCCGCUGCCGGGCUCGGCUGGAAAUACCCCUAGCAGCGAGGUGCAAUGCCGGGUGGGGGGCCGCAUCCCUUCCCCGGGAAGUCCCCGUGGUUCCCCCCGCCGGCAGGCGCGGGGGAAGCCCCCGGCGCCCGCCGCCCCGGGAAGGUCUGACGCCGCGGUGGCCGGCGCGGGGGAGCGGCCCGGAGCGGGGGCGGCGCGUGCCGGCCGGCGCCCCGUGCCAGCCGCGGGCCGGACGCCUCCCGCGGAGGCUGGGGGGUCGCGAAGCCUACGGGCUGUUUCCCCCCCUCCCCCGGCCUCUCCGGGGGCGGCCGCCCCUCACCCGCCGCUCCACUGCUUCCCGCAGCCCCAGUGACAGACGGUGCCGCCGUCCCGCAGUGCCCGCCGCGGCCUCGGAAGACCCAGCCCACACCCGCUGAUGAGCUCCAUGAACCCCAUGAAACCCUCGCUGCCGCCUGCGCCCCACGGGUGGGCGCCGGGGCAGCGUCCCUCCAUCCACCCAAGCAUCCAUUACCCUCCAUCCCUGCAUUCUUUCAUCCAUGCAUCCAUGCAUCCAUCCUCGUGACUGUUCCUCCAUCCUUUCCAUUCUUCAUCUCUCCAUUUCCUCACUCCCUCCAUCCCCCAGUCCCCUCUGUCCCUCCAUCCCUCUGUCCUUCAUCUUCAUUAAUUUGUUUUUCUUUCUAGUGAUGGUUCAUUUGCAUACGAGGCUGUUCCUUGGCAACCAAACACCAAUCAGCCGCCGGGAUCCCUCUCCGUGGUAACCACUGUCUGGGGUGUCAGCAACCCCUCCCAGAACCAGGUUUUUGGCAGCCCCAUGGGCCCUGGGGGGAGCAGCUCCAGCACCCCGUUGCUGCCUGGCAUGGCAAGCACCGGCUCGGGCGUGAGCUCACCACCGUUCCUGCCACAGCAGCCCUUUGCUGAGGGGGCACCAGGGAAGGGCUACAAUGGUGGCCCGAGUGGCCCCGGAGGGAUGGGGCUCCCCUCGCACGCCAGCCGGGCCACUGCUGAUUUCACCCAGGCUGCAGCUGCUGCUGCUGUGGCCGCAGCUGCUGCCACAGCCACGGCCACGGCCACAGCCACAGUGGCAGCGCUGCAGGAGAAACAGAGCCAGGAGCUGAGCCAGUACGGUGCGGUAAGAGUCUGACUGAGGCAAGAACGGGGGAUCUGACAGCCCCUCCUGCCCUGCCAUGACCUCUCUCUCUUCAUUGCUGCAGAUGGGCACAGGGCAGUCUUUCAGCAGCCCGUUCCUGCCUCAUGCCGGGCCUCGUGGCCCCAACAGCAUGAGCCCGGCUGGCAUGGCAGGUGUUGUUGCCCCCUCUGGUGUCUCCCCUGUGAGCAUGAGCCCAGUGCGGGCACCCGGCACUGGCCCGCUUUAUGGUGGGCAGCGAGUGCCUCAGCACACCUACCCUGGCUCUCCCCAGAGCCAGCAGCUGCCCCGCCAGGGCCUCAAGCGGGCAUACUCCAAUGAGGGGUACCCAGCACAGCAGUACCUCCAGGGCGGGCAGUACGCUGCAGCUGGUGCCCAGUAUGCCCCCAGCGCCCCCCAGUCCUCCGCUCCGUCCCCCUCAUACCCUGGCCACAGGCUGCAGCAGAGCAUGGGCCAGUACCUCUCCGCUUCAGGCAGUGGUGGACCCUAUUACAAGCCAGCUGACCAGUUCAACGGGCAGAGCGCCAGUUUCAGCACCUACAGCCAAGCAGCCAUCAAUGGGCCGGGCCGGUCGCUGCCGGGGUACCCCAGCUCGCCGCUGGCCGGGAACCCCACACCGCCCAUGACGCCAGGCAGUGGCAUCCCCACCUAUGCAUCCCCCGGUCAGGAUGUCAAGUCACCCUUCUUGGCAGACAUGAAGCCCAGCGUUGCCCCCCUGCACCCAUCCUCUUCGGGGCCGGCCCCCGGCGAGGAGUUGCGAUUGACCUUCCCGGUGCGGGACGGCGUGGUGUUGGAGCCCUUCCGCCUGCAGCACAACUUGGCUGUCAGCAACCACGUCUUUCAGCUCCGUGACUCUGUCUACAAGACCCUCAUGAUGAGGCCUGACCUGGAGCUGCAGUUCAAGUGCUACCACCAUGAGGACCGGCAGAUGAACACCAACUGGCCGGCCUCCGUGCAGGUGAGCGUCAAUGCCACGCCACUCACUAUUGAGCGUGGUGACAACAAGACCUCCCACAAGCCGCUCUACCUGAAGCACGUCUGCCAGCCCGGCAGAAACACUAUCCAGAUCACUGUCACCGCCUGCUGCUGUUCCCACCUGUUCGUCCUGCAGCUGGUGCAUCGGCCCUCGGUGCGCUCGGUGCUGCAGGGGCUUAUCAAAAAGCGCCUGCUCCCCGCUGAGCACUGCAUCACCAAAAUCAAGCGCAAUUUCAGCAGUGGGACCAUCCCGGGGACACCAGGGCCGAAUGGUGAGGACGGCGUGGAGCAGACGGCCAUCAAGGUGUCCCUCAAGUGCCCUAUCACCUUCCGGAGGAUCCAGCUUCCAGCUAGGGGUCAUGACUGCCGGCACAUACAGUGCUUCGACCUGGAGUCAUACCUGCAGCUCAACUGUGAGAGGGGGACAUGGCGGUGUCCUGUCUGCAAUAAGACAGCCCUGCUGGAGGGGCUGGAGGUUGACCAAUACAUGCUGGGCAUCCUGAUCUACAUCCAGAAUUCGGAGUAUGAGGAGAUCACCAUCGACCCGACCUGCAGCUGGAAACCCGUCCCUGUCAAACCUGAUGUCCACAUCAAGGAGGAACCGGAGGGGCCAGCACUGAAGCGGUGCCGGACACUCAGUCCUGCGCACAUGGUGCUGCCCAACAUCAUGGAGAUGAUCGCGGCCCUGGGGCCUGGCUCCGUGCCCUUCCCGGCAUUGUCACAACCUCCAGCGGGGGCUGCCACCGACUAUGGCACCCCGGGUACGGGGGGACCCAUGGGGGACAGGACCGAACACCAUCCCUCCGUGUGUGUGCCCCAAUUUUCCCCGUUUCCCGUCACAGGUUCCAGCUUUCUGGGUCCUGGGGGCUUCCCUGAGCCUUUCACGGCUCCUGGCGUCCCUGGCACCUCAACGCUGAGUGACUUCACACCAGGCCCCCCCUCCAUCUCCUACCAGCCCAACAUUCCAGGUGGCCUUCUGGCCACUGAGAAGCCUCCUGUGCCCCCUCUGCCUGCACAGCUUCCCCCACCAGGACGAAUGGAGCCAUCUCACCCCGCAGUGCAGACAGGGCUGCACAACACUCCCUCGGGCGGCCAGCCGGCCUCCACGUUGCACUCCCGGAGCGCAGUGGCACGGCAACCCCUGGGACCCCCGGCCCACUCUGCUGACCUCAUCUUCCCCCCCACACCCAGUAUGGCCAUGGCAGGUGAUGGCUCAGAGCCUACCCUCGACCUCCUGCCUGAGCUGACGAAUCCUGACGAGCUGCUCUCCUACCUGGGGCCCCCUGACCUCCCCAGCAGCAGCAAUGAUGACCUCCUCUCUCUCUUCGAGAAUAACUGAGCCAUCCUCGCUCCCUCCUGGGGCUGGGGGGCAGCACUGUGUGCCCCUGCCCGCUGCAGAGCUGGGACCCUCCACAGCGGGGGCUUUCUCAAAGGGCUGCGAUGGGACAGAGGGGCUGAGCCCCCCCAGAAGCACAAGGCUGUACAUAGUGUAGAAACACUACUGCUCCCCUGAGACUCCCCAUAUUUAAAGGCAAGUGCAUCACUGCGGGGCUGCCCGUGCCCCCCUGUCAAUGUGCAAAUGCUGCUGCCCCUUAUACCGCACGGGUCUGGCGUGGGGUGCGGAGCUCAGCUCCCAGUACCCCCGCGCAGCGUUGCCCUGUAUGUCCCCGAUGGCUAUUAAAGGAUCCUUCUGCAGGGUCAUGUGUGUACCCCUCCAUCUUUUGUCAUCCCGCUGUGGGGCUGGGCCCGCGACCCCUCUCCGGGCAAGCAGGGGGGAUCCUCGGUUGGCGGGGGGAUCCAGCGCUCUCUCCGGGCUCAGCCGAGUAGCGAGGGAAUCCUGCCCUAUCAUCGGACGUGUGGCGUCAAUCAUUAACCGGGCCCGGCCGGGCGGUGCUGCAGUCUCGACGGCGGAGGAGGAGAGUCGGGUGUCUCCCCACGUCGGGCGGUAGGCUGCCAGGGCUGGGCCGCAGCUCGGGCAGCUCCAAGCCCCGCAUGCCUUGAUUCGGCCGCAUCCCCGCCGUCCCCCCGGAAAAGUCCCGCACGGCGGCCCACCGCCGCACCCGCCUCUCCUACGGCGGUUCCGCUCCC